UUCCAGGUCCUCCUGCUGGUGUUAAAGCAGCUGCAGCUUCGGCCUCCACUGUCUUCGUGUCCUGGCUCCCUCCUCUCAAGCUGAAUGGCAUCAUUCGGAAAUACACUGUCUUCUGCUCACACCCCUACCCCACAGUAAUCAGCGAGUUUGAAGCCUCUCCCGACUCAUUUUCCUACAGAAUCCCCAACCUGAGCCGGAAUCGCCAGUACAGCGUCUGGGUGGUAGCAGUGACUGCUGCGGGAAGAGGCAACAGCAGCGAGAUUAUCACUGUGGAACCGCUAGCUAAAGCUCCUGCCAGGAUUUUGACAUUUAGCGGCACGGUGACAACUCCCUGGAUGAAGGACAUUGUCCUCCCUUGCAAAGCCGUUGGAGACCCAGCUCCGACAGUCAAAUGGAUGAAGGAUAGUAACGGGACACCCAGUCUAGUGAUGAUUGAUGGGCGAAGAAGCAUCUUUAGCAAUGGCAGCUUUGUCAUCCGUACUGUGAAAGCAGAGGACUCUGGAUACUACAGCUGCGUGGCCAGUAACAACUGGGGAUCAGAUGAAAUAAUUUUGAAUUUGCAGGUCCAAGUUCCACCAGACCAGCCAAGACUCACUGUAUCCAAAACUACAUCUUCCUCUAUCACUCUUUCCUGGAUACCUGGAGACAAUGGUGGCAGUUCUAUCCGAGGUUAUAUUUUGCAGUACUCGGAAGAUAACAGUGAGCAGUGGGGUAGUUUUCCCAUCAGCCCUAGUGAGAGGUCCUACCGUUUAGAAACACUGAAAUGUGGCACUUGGUACAAGUUUACUCUAACUGCUCAGAAUGGAGUGGGACCAGGACGCAUCAGCGAGAUCAUUGAGGCCAAAACACUUGGAAAAGAGCCACAGUUUUCAAAGGAACAAGAGCUCUUUGCUAGUAUUAACACCACAAGAGUGAGGCUGAACCUGAUAGGCUGGAAUGACGGUGGGUGCCCCAUCACCUCUUUCACCCUGGAGUAUCGGCCGUUUGGGACAACAGUCUGGACAACCGCUCAGCGGACAUCCCUGUCAAAGUCCUACAUACUAUAUGACCUCCAGGAGGCAACCUGGUAUGAACUGCAAAUGAGAGUGUGCAACAGCGCUGGCUGUGCAGAGAAACAAGCCAAAUUUGCAACACUCAAUUACGAUGGCAGUACAAUCCCUCCACUCAUUAAGUCAGUUGUGCAAAGUGAGGAAGGGCUGGCAACCAACGAAGGGCUAAAGAUGCUGGUGACCAUUUCCUGUAUCUUGGUUGGGGUCUUGCUGCUUUUUGUGAUGCUGCUGAUCGUGCGGAGGAGGAGGAGGGAGCAGAGACUGAAGAGGCUGCGAGAUGCAAAGAGUUUGGCUGAAAUGCUUAUGAGCAAGAACACCAGGACAUCAGAUACACUUAAUAAGCAGCAGCAAACACUGAGGAUGCACAUAGACAUUCCCAGAGCACAGCUUCUGAUUGAGGAGAGAGACACAAUGGAGACUAUUGAUGACAGAUCAACAGUUCUGCUCACCGAUGCCGACUUUGGAGAGACAUCUAAGCAGAAGUCACUGACUGUCACCCACACAGUACAUUACCAGUCUGUGUCACAAGCUACAGGACCACUGGUGGAUGUUUCUGAUGCCCGGCCGGGAACAAAUCCUACCACAAGGAGGAGUGCCAAAACCGGACCUACAGCUCGCAACCGCUACGCUAGUCAGUGGACCCUCAACAGACCUCACCCCACCAUAUCAGCUCAUACCCUCACCACAGACUGGAGGCUGCCCACACCCAGGCCAGCAGGAUCAGUGGACAAGGAAAGCGACAGCUACAGCGUCAGCCCCUCGCAGGACACAGAUCGAGCGAGAAGCAGCAUGGUCUCUACAGAAAGUGCCUCCUCAACAUACGAAGAGCUAGCGAGAGCGUACGAGCAUGCAAAAAUGGAAGAGCAGCUGAGACAUGCCAAGUUCACCAUUACAGAAUGCUUCAUAUCAGACACAUCAUCGGAGCAGCUCACGGCAGGGACUAAUGACUACACAGACAGUCUGACCUCAAGCACGCCAUCAGAGUCGGGGAUUUGCAGGUUUACAGCAUCCCCCCCCAAACCUCAGGAUGGAGGGCGAGUGAUGAACAUGGCAGUUCCAAAGGCACAUCGGCCAG